ACGUCCUGCGCGGGAGCGGAAAACGUGCAGCCAGACAGUGCGGAAAAGGAGCGACGUGUUUUCCUGGUGUAGUUUGGGAUACCUAAACAAUUUACUGAACUACUGAGAAUAGCCUGCGCUCUUACGGACGACUGCACGCGUUAGAGGUCAGCGGAAGCUUGGCGAAUCCUCCAGCAUGGCUCGAGAUUGGAAACCUGGUGAUCUGAUUUUUGCCAAGAUGAAGGGUUAUCCGCACUGGCCUGCGAGGAUUGAUGAAGUGCCCGAUGGUGCCGUGAAGCCAUCCAACAUCAAGUUUCCCAUCUUCUUCUUUGGCACCCACGAAACAGCGUUUCUUGGCCCUAAAGAUAUCUUUCCAUACCUCCCCAACAAAGAGAAGUACGCCAAGCCCAACAAGAGGAAAGGCUUCAACGAGGGAUUGUGGGAGAUUGAGAACAACCCGAAAGUAGAGCUCACGGCACCGAAGCCGGUCGCUCCCGAGUCUUUCGCUGAAAAGGAUUCAGACAGCAGUCCAGAAGGAGAAGAGGGAGCGGAGGACAAAGGGAUGAAAACAAAAGUUCCAGGAAGUGGGGCUGAGCAGGAGAAUGAGAAUGAUCAGGAGGAUGAUGAGGAGGAGGAUGAGGAUGAUGAGGAGGAGGAGGAGGAAGGGUCUCUGAUGUCUGAGCAGGGUCCUCAGGACCAGGAUGGCGCCGCUCAGAAAGAAGCAACAGAUGCUCCUAAACCCAAGAGAGGAAGAAAGAAAAAGAGUGAUGCUGACCAGGAGAAUGAGAAGGAAGAUGCACCUGCUAGUCCUGUUAGUCCUUCAGGUGGAGAGCCUCCCAAACGAAGAGGCAGGAAGCCCAAAAGUGAGAAGUUGCUUUUGCUUCAGCAGCAGGAACAACACGGCUCUGGAAGUGAAAUGGAUACUACUGAGUCGGACAAAAAGAGAAAGAGGGCAACAGAAGACAAGUCCCAAAGUGCAGAGGAGGAGAAGAGAAAGAAGAGGGAGGACAGCAAAGGAAAGGAGGCAGAGGCGAAGGAGCCCGAAGCCAAGAAGAAGAAGCAGUCCAAGGAUGACAGCUCCUCUGGCUCUGACGAUGAUGAGAAGAACAAAGGCAGGAAGAAACAGACGAACUCAGAGAUAGACAAAGAUGUACGAAGACGGAAAGCGGAUGAACUGAGAGAACCAAACAAAGAUGACGGGAAGAAAAAUGAAGAGAAGGCAGGAGGCAAGAAAAAAGAAAUGUCAACUGACUUGAAACUCCAGAGGCUGCACAGUGAAAUUAAGAUUUCACUGAAAAUUGACAACCCUGAUGUGAAGAAGUGCUUGGACGCUUUAGAUGAGAUCAGCGCCCUUCAGGUCACGACCCAGCACCUGCAGAAGCACAGCGAACUCAUCGCCACGCUCAAAAAGAUCCGCAGAUUCAAGGCCAGCCAGGACAUCAUGGACAAAGCCACCAUGUUGUACAACAAGUUUAAGAGCAUGUUUCUGGUUGGAGAAGGCGACUGCGUGCUCAGCCAGGUGCUCAACAAGUCCUUAGCUGAACAACGGCAGCAUGAAGAAGCCAAGAAGGGAGCACUGAAGAGAGUUGAACAAGCCAAAGAAAACAACUCAGACAAGGUGACAAAUGGCGACGUGAGCCCCGACGAAAAGAAGCAAGAGACUGAUAGAGAGAAGCUCCCGGAAGACGCUUCAGCAGGAGAAAAUCACAGUGCCCCAAAAACUCAGGAGGAGUCCACUUGAGCGUCCUACAUCCCUGAAGAAAGAGAUGCUGCUGUACUAAUGCAACCUUUUGUAAAACCUGGGCUGACCAGCUGUUCUGUCCUGUCCAGUUCCUGACUGAUUGUGCUCGCUGGUUUCCAGUUUGCUGACUGACCGUUUUCAUCAGCAUUGCUGCUCAAAGGUUUCUUUACACCAAGAUAAUGACUGACUACAUAUUCUAUUUUUCUACUUUGACUUUCAGACACCUUCUGUUUCAUGCAUCUACGUGUUUCAUUAGAGUUACAACCAAAUAGAGCAGGAAUUCGUAAAUCUGCAGCUCUGAACGUAGGUCUUACUGAGUAUGCUCACAGAGAUGGUUAGGAGUAGAUAGUGUUUUUUCACUUUUUGCAUUUGAGCAUGUUUUUGACAGGUACUGAAACAACAGUUCAAUGUUAACCUCUGACUUUCUGUAGUUAGAAACACAGUUAAACUGUCUAAUAGCAGCUGCAUUGACACUCUGUAAAGCAUGCUUCAUUGAGAUUCUCUUCAGAUGCACAUUUAGAAAACUUUGCCAAAGUGUCUUUUGCCAGGGAAAUACUUGUUUUCCACCACGUUUGAGUGUCUCUUGUACGUUCUUCUUUUAACAUAGAUGUAAAUAAGAGUAUUUUUGUGCCUGUCUGAUGACCUGUUUCAACCUCCAGUAAUAAAGUGGUAGAUUAUAGUACACUUUUCGUCUUUAAUCGUAUGUUUGUCUUGAGAAUCUCAAAACUUCUGUCCACUUUGACUCACCUGCAUUGGAUUCUUAGCGACAAUUUGCCUGUUGAACCAGAAUGACGAUUGCACAUCAUGCUACUGUUACUUUGUCGGAGAAAAAUAAACUUUGUUGCAGCCUUAAAAA